UACAUUUUGUUUCCCAUUUCUUGAUUUGUGCUAGUCACGAAGAUGACUGGAUCGAAUCACCCCAGGUUCCGGCUCCUGAUUGGCUGGUGUUGCCUGAUGUCCGCAGCUAUUUUGAUAAUGAUAGUAUUUCUCGGCAUAACAAAGAAACAGCUCAAUACAAGCUCAGAUAAAGAAACCAAUAAUCCAUCCAAAGAAAAACAAAUCGGUGUCCAGCCUGGUCAGUCCAUCAACCAUAUUCGUCUCAUUCGGGAAGACUCUAAGUCUUGGAUAUGCAGUCCUUCAUGUGAGAACAGCUCCCUCUCUCUGGAGAUUGAUGCUCUUAAAAUGAAUGUUAGUGGCUUGUACUACAUCAAUGCCCAGAUCUCCUUCACUCACCCAGACAAAUCCAAACAGGAGACUGUAACUUUGCUCCGGAAUGAAGGAAAUGGGAAAUCCAUGAAGAAGCUGAGUGAGGUCAGACGCGGUGAAGAAGGAUAUGUGACAAUCAACAGAAUGGUCUAUCUGCAGAAGGGAGACAGCAUCAGUCUGAUAAUCCCACAGCCCACGGUACUGUUAAAAAAUGACUGGGAAACUUACUGGGAAAUCUUCCUCCUUUAAAACCAAUAACUGUAGUAAAUGUUUUUUUAUAAGAAAUCCUUUAUAUCCUUCUCAGGGGCAUUUUUGAAUUGGGAGGCUUGUAUUUCAAUAUUUGGAGUUUAUUUUAUUUAUUUUCAAUCAAAUGAUUUAUCUGAUGGAGUAUGUAAGUGUCACUUAGAGUGUGUAUUUAUAUUACAAAAGCAAAUUGCACUGUUUCACGCUCAGAUUCUGCACUUAGUGCUCUAACCGCUAAGAAGUAACAA